GCAGAUAACAAAUUCUCUCUCUCUCACUCUCUCUCCCUCACACACACACACACCCACGCAUGGCUGCCUCUGCAACGCCACCAUUUUCAAUCUCAUACUUCUCAUCCUCAAUCUUCCUCUCAUCCCCCCACCAUGCCCAGGCCAAACUCCUCUCAAACUCCAAAUCCUAUUCAUUCAAACCCCUAAAAUUCCAACCCAUCCGCUCAGAGCUCGCCACUCUUCCAAUCCUCUCAUUCGACGGAACCCAAAUCGGCUCAACCACCCUCAACCUCAAGUCCGCCCCGCCUGACACCGCGCGGGCUGUUGUCCACCGUGGCAUCACCACCGACCUCCAGAACAAGCGACGCGGCACCGCCUCCACCCUCACCCGCGGCGAGGUCCGCGGCGGCGGCAAAAAGCCAUACCCACAGAAGAAAACGGGCCGGGCCCGCCGUGGCUCCAAUCGCACUCCUCUCCGUCCCGGCGGUGGCGUAGUCUUUGGACCCAAACCCAGAGACUGGUCCAUCAAAAUCAACAAGAAAGAAAAAAGAUUAGCUAUUUCAACAGCUUUAUCUAGUGCUCUUGAGAAUGCCAUUGUGGUUGAAGAAUUUGGGGAGAAAUUUGAGAAGCCAAAGACUAAGGAUUUCAUUGAUUUGAUGAAGAGGUGGGGAAUUGACCCGAAGGAGAAAUCUAUGUUCUUGUUGACGGAGGUUUCGGAUAAUGUGAGGCUUUCAAGCCGGAAUAUCGGGACUCUGAAGAUGUUGACGCCACGGACUUUGAAUCUGUUUGAUGUAUUGAAUUCCGACAAAUUGGUGUUUACCCAAGCUGUGGUUAGUUAUUUGAAUGAGAGAUAUGGGUAUGAUUAUGAGGGGGAGAGUGAGGGCGAUGAGGAUGAAGCUGAGGGUGAGGAUGAGGAUGAGGAUGAGGCUGAGGAUGAGAAUGAAGAAGUUGAAAGUUAGUUUCUUUGGCUUUGGUAUGAGGAUGAGGUUGAGGAUGAGAAUGAAGAAGUUGAAAGUUAGUUUCUUUGGCUUUGGAUUUUGCUCAGAAAAAUCCGGCCAAAAAAUAGCUUUGUUAUCACUUCGUCACUGGAUGUAUGGAGAAACGCAGCCAUACCUGUGCAUCAUACCUGCAUGCAAAGAGGUUGUUUCUGUAGAAAUAUUUAGGCCAGUUGCAGAUUCGUGUCGAUCUAUUAUUUUGAAUGCUACCUUGAAGAUGUCAAAUACAAUGAAGGUAUUUUGUUUAUACCUGCUACUUGACAUUAAAAACUACUGCUUUGUAGCUGCAUUUGGGCAAAUCCACAGACAACAUGUUGCAAGUAUUUGUGUGGACAUGGUACAAUUACCAUGUGUGCUAUCUUAUAGAUGUUCAUUGAGCCAUUUAGUGUGUCAAAAUAAGAUGUAAGUUAGUAAAGUAACAUAUAUGACCGUUGUUUGAU